ACGCGUAUCGAUUACGGCGCGGACUAGUCGCGUCACCGCGUGCCAUCGCACUUGCACUCAAACUAGCAUGAAGGGGUCAGCCCACUCGGAGGCUGAAAACCAAGCAGAGAGGUCCCGCUGCAGUCCAGAUACCGAAGAGGAUCUCUUCCAUCGCUCCCGCAAGCGAAGCUCACGGAGUUUAUUUCACCUCGAGGACAACAACUUGGGAUAUGUGGAGGGAAAGGUAUUCAUGAGCUGGCCGCCCGCGAAUGGAGCUCGUCGCUUCAACCUCGAAGUAUCCGAAAAUCACUCCCUUAACAGAUUCGAGGUGGCCCUCUCCGGGAGGUGCUUCCAGUGGGUGGAGACGUUGCCUUUCCGACCCCAUGAUCGUAUCUGUCUCGCCCUCAAAGGUGCAGAGGUCGAGUUUCGCAAGGAAUCUAGUGCUCCUCAUCAGCUGCCAUUGAUCCUAAGGUAUACCAGUGGUGUCGCAAUCAAGUACCUCAGCGGCACUAACAAAGGCAAAAUAAUCAACACAUGGGAAAAACACGCCCCGAUGGAAGAUUGGUACAGUCCCGGCCCUUUGCGACGAGUGUCCGACGUGAUCAUGGAUGAUGCAUCCGCAUCUAGGACGCCAGCUCCUUCGCCUAGUCUUGGAGACGUUGAUCUAUCCACUAACCAGCACCUUGAAGACAAGGUGCAGCCCAGCGACCACUGUACGUCGGAUGGGCAUCGCGACAGCAAACGUAGCGCUAAUCAAAAUGGCCCUGCGAGGCUAACAAAAUUCGAGAGAAAGAAGCGUAGAUGGGAGAAACACCGUGCAUCCCGCACUUCUGGCCACCUUGAAUGUGAUAUACGUAUGCCCACCCAUUUAAGCGGAAAGGCCAGUGAGCAGGUCGUAUCCCCUCAACCUCCGCAAAUCCCGACCAGUGUCCACACCGAUGACUCGGAAAACGAUAAAAUAUUAUCAACGAUCCCACAAGAUAGUAUGUCUGCCCAACCAUCAAGCAGUACAUACUUUAAGACAGAUACACACUCUGGGGAGCCAAGCUUGUCGGUGGGCAACGCGUUUCGGACGGAAAUGGGCGAUAUAUUCUCACCAUUGAAUGUGCUCCGUAAAGGUCAUGAGUUGAUCAAUGUCAUAGGUGUCGUAACUCAAGCCAAUGCCCCAAAGAGAACCUCUACCAACGAGUGGUCACGUUCAUUUACAAUCGUUGACCCUACAAUAACCUCCGGCAAUGGCCUCUCAGAUGCUGGUGUCGGCGUGACGUGCUUCCAGAAGACUUACGUUGAGUGGCUUCCUCAAGUAGCAGAAGGUGAUGUUGUCAUUUUGCGCAAGUUGAAAAUUUCCGAAUUCAGUGGCGUUUUGAAGGCGAUCGGGUAUACAGAUAAACUGCGCUGGGCUGUCUAUGAUUCUGCAGCGAACGACGCUCGACCCGUUGACAGAGGGCAAGCGCCCGAGGAAGAAGCGUUAGCUAACGGUUUGGGUUAUAUCUUCACCCCCUUCUGGAAACCCAGCAAAGAUGGUGUGGAGCUGCAAUACUGCCACAAGCUUUUGACGUGGUGGAAAGGGUUGCGAGGAACAGAGAAAGAAGUAAUCUGUGUACAACGUGCCACUCGUCCUACCAAAGAGCAUCGCUUAUUGUGCGAAGCAUCCCCGGAAGUCGCUCCAGAAGGUUAUUUCAACUGUACAGUCGAGAUUUUACACAAGUUCCACAACGAUGCUGGCUCGUAUACAGUGUAUGUGACCGACUACACGAACAAUCCUCAGACGUACCCCCUCAAACCUGCUUGGUGUCUGCCAGGCUUUUGCGAUCGUAUCUUCCCCAUCGAAAUGUGGGAUAAAGCAAGAGACUUGGCACAGCUUAUGAAUGCCGGGGAGUAUUGGUACCUUUACAAUGUUCGAGCAAGGUUGAACCGGAAUGGCUACCUUGAGGGCAAAAUGCAUACUGCCGAAAAAGUUAUCCAACUGAACGAAACGGAAGUGGAUAAAUACCUGCACUUGAAAGCCCUUCUUACGCGGAAGCAGAGCUUUUCGGAAGGUGGCUUGAGCGCCGGUUUACCGAAUUCCUUCCCAUACAAACUGUUCCAAGAUGUAGACGACACAAGCGUCUUUUUUUCGUGCGUUGUUGAGGUUUUAUCCGUUGAUUCCGAUCCGCGAGACGGGACUUCCAUCUACGCAACCGAUUAUACAUACAAUCCAACUUUCUCGCGUCAGGUAUCUACCUCCGAAUGGGCGCGUGGCCUUGACUUCCGUAUAUUGAGGAUUAAACUGGAUGGUGCUCAGUCACAAAUGGCGCGCGACAUCUGCAUCGGCAGUUCGUACAGAAUAUUGAAUUUGCGCCUAAUCCAAAGAGGUGAUAGUUCUAACACCCACGGACGCUUAGGUGGUGAGGACAGACUCCUUCUCCCUCUUACUGACCGGGAAGAAGAGCAACAAUCAACCCUGAAAGUGAACAAGGAUAAAUGGAAGCGGGAAUUGAUGCUGGAUCGCACGUCGUGGCCUACCUCGCCAAUGCCUCAGCCGAUGACUUCCCAACGCGGAGCUCCCAAAUACAGUACCAUUCGCGAGGUCCUCUCAAGUACGACUUGUCCCAGCAUGUUUACCGUCGUGGCACGCACGAUCGACUUCUUCCCAUUUCUCCUUGAAGACGCGUGUAUUUUGCGUUGUAUGGGUUGUCAAUCAGAUGUCCCGCUGACUUUUAAGGCCUGUCCAGGGUGUGAUGAUAUGACGGAGACCCAUUGCAAGUGGUGUUAUUGUUUGUACCUCCGGCUCGAGGACGAUGCAGGCGACAGUCUCAACGUCUCACUUUGCGGAAAAGAGUGCACUCUUUUGCAGGAUACCCCGGCAGACGACUUCCAUUACGACCGUGGCGCUUUUUGCAAAUUCCUCGCUAAGCUCAAGCCCGUUAUUGGAAAUCUCAAAGAGGUGCAUGAUGCGUGGUCGGUGAAUAGAGAAAAAGAGAUCGAGUCGCCGCGUAUGAAUUUCACGAUUGAAAGCUGGGCGAUCGGUGAUGACGAGCGUGGAUAUGGCCUUCUGAAGUGUACCGCCGCUUGAAGUUCUAUGAAUCCAUCAACAACGCAUGCUCUUCGGUAUAUAUAAGUACUGUACUACCUGCUAAUUGAGAGUAUGUACGUAGAUAGUAUUGGUGAUUUACUACUUUCUGAUGUGGG